CUACUACACGAUUCAUGUCGAAAGUCUUUAGAUGGGCAAGUUCUGUGAUGGACUGUUUCACUAAAAGAAAAUGUUAACUCGGAACUGAUCAGGUCAACAGUGAUAUAAUUGAAAAUCACUAUGUAAGCCAAGGACAGUACAAGCUAAAGAUGUUUACUAGAAGCGUUGGAAGAUUCGGCAGAAUUCUUAUCAGAAAUUUCUCGUCACAAUCAAAUUGCAACUCCGGGGGUGCAGAUGCCAAAGACAAUUUAUCUGCUGUUUUAUGUGGUAUAAACGACUUGCGUCUGGAACAAAGACCCGUUCCAAAACCUAGAGACCAUCAAGUUCUUCUUCAGAUGGAAUCAGUGGGAAUCUGUGGCUCUGACGUCCAUUUUCUUGUGCAUGGAAAACUUGGCCCCUUUGUUGUGACGGAUCCCAUGAUUAUUGGCCACGAAGCCUCUGGAACCGUAGUCGAAAUAGGAAAAAAAGUAAAGACACUCAAACCUGGUGACCGCGUCGCCAUCGAACCUGGUGUAGGCUGCCGAAUGUGCAGCUACUGCAAAGAAGGAAGAUAUCACCUUUGCCCCGACAUGGCUUUCUGUGCCGCACCUCCCAUUGAUGGUAAUCUUUCAAGAUUUUUUGCCCACGAUGAAGACUUUUGUUUUAAACUACCGGAUCACCUAACGUACGACGAAGGAGCUCUCAUGGAACCUCUAGCAGUAGCCGUUCAUUCGUUAAAACAAGCCAAUUUUCGUCUAGGUCAAGUACUUUUAGUCAUGGGUGCUGGUCCCAUCGGUCUCGUCACCAUGUUAGCCGGAAAAGCUAUAGGGGCUUCUGCAGUUCUUGUCACAGACACUGAAGAUUUUCGUUUAAAGAAAGCGAAAGACUUUGGAGCGGAUUGUGUUUAUCAGAUGUGUGAAGACAAGCCAGAGGACGAAAUUGUGCAAGAAAUUAAAGAAGAAUUGGGAUGUGAACCUCACGCCACGAUUGACUGUGCCGGAGCUGUACAGGCUAUUAGGAUUUCACUUAAGGUUACUAGAACUGGUGGUGUCGUGGUUUUAACAGGAAUGGGUCAACUUGAAAUGAAUAUACCUUUGACUAGCGCAAUUUUUAGAGAAGUUGAUAUUAAAGGAGUUUUUCGAUACAAUAAUGAUUAUCCUAUGGCUAUUGAUAUGGUAGCAAGUGGAAGAGCCAAUGUUAAACCUUUGGUUACACAUCACUUUAAAAUUGAAGAUACAGUCAAAGCUUUCGAAACGGCAAAAACAAGGGAAGGAAAUCCGAUUAAAAUAAUGAUUCACCCAAAUCCGAACUGGCAACACUGCUUAUAAAUGUGUAUUAAAUUUAAAUGUCUAUGUAAUAUAGUUUUCGUUUUUAGAUAUUUAUACAGGAAAAUUAAGUAUUAAUUUACUAUUUUGGCAACCGAGUUUCGUGAAUUCUUGACGUUUAUAAGAUACGAAAAUGCAAGUUUUCGCAGUGACAUUGUUGCAAUAUUGGUUUUAUUAUUGCAUUUUGCCCUCUGGCUCUAUGCUUGGUCGCUAAUUUAUUUUAAAUUAAAUAGGUACUUUGUCUCUGUUUGCCAAUUAUGGAAUAUUUUCAUUUCCUCUAAUAUUUCCACACAACUGCGCAUCAACAAAAUUAUAGUCCAAAGAUUACAUUGCUUCUUUUUCGUCGACCAGGAAUUACAGGAGUGUUUGUUACAUCACUCAGUGAAGCAAGUCGAGUCGACUUCAGAUGAACAUGUUUUCAUAAAAAAUUGGUAACGUCACGCAAGUCCCCAUAGCAACUGAUUUUUUUAAUUAGGUAGUCUUAAGUAUGUUGAAUACUGUGCAGGACUGUUACCAAUACCAAUA